CUCAAAAGCCCAAACAUGUGAUAAAAAGAUCAUCCUGAAGUUCAUAUUAAGAAAAUAGGAAAAUUGUUGGAAAAAUAAGUUAAUCUUAAUUAAUUUAUUGUUGUAGAUGGAACUCUUUGUGUAUGGAGGCGUUGCAAGUGUAAUUGCUGAAUUUUCAACAUUUCCUUUAGACACAACAAAGACUCGAUUACAAGUUCAGGAGAAAAAUAUCAAAUAUAAGAACUUUUUCGAUUGUGGAACAAAAAUUUACCGACAUGAAGGAGUCAAGGCAUUGUAUUCAGGAAUUAUGCCUGCAAUUUUACGUCAAUCAGUUUAUGGAACUUUAAAAUUUGGAACGUAUUACACGCUGAAACAGUUCAUAAUCUCAAAUGUUUAUAAUGACGAGAAAAUUGGAAGUGAAAAUAUGCUUAUCAAUAUAAGUUGUGCUGCUUUGUCAGGAGCAAUAUCAUCUGCCCUGGCGAAUCCAACAGAUGUACUUAAAGUAAGGAUGCAAAUUCACGGAAAAGGAACUGAAAAUAUUCCAUUGCAUAGAUGUUUUUAUGAAGUAUACUAUACGGAAGGCAUUCGUGGAUUAUAUAGAGGAGUGAGUCAAACAAGUCAGAGGGCAGCAACAAUUGCUGCAGUUGAACUUCCUGUUUAUGAUUUGUCAAAGCAUUUGCUAUUAGAUCGUAUUGGUGAUCAGCCUGCGAAUCAUUUCAUCUCGGCUUUUAUUGCAUCAUUACUUGCAGCUAUCACGUCGAAUCCAAUUGAUGUUGUAAGAACUAGAUUGAUGAAUCAGCGGAAAAUUUUUAGAUCUUAUGGACAAACAUCUUUAACGCAUUCAACUGCAUAUUUUUCGAAUUCAUUCGAGUGCUUCAGUAGCAUUUUGAGAAAUGAAGGAAUUAUGGCACUUUAUAAAGGUUUUAUUCCAGCUUUCUUAAGAAUGGGUCCGUGGAAUUGGUGCUUUUUCUUAGUCUAUGAGAAAUUAAAGACAUUGUGAUCUCAUAAAUAGAAUUGAUAAUUUAUUGUCCAUUUAUCAUUUGAAAUUUUAGUAGUAUUUUAACAAUUUGUGACAUGUUGUCCUUAAAGCAAGUAUGGUACGCAUUAAAAUUUAUAACUUUUGCACAUUGUUACAUUGAAUCAUCAAUCAUAUUGUAAGGAAUCAGUCAUUCAUCUACAAAUAGAUCCAAAUAGUAGAAAUUAAACUAUUUAUGUUGUUAAUUAAUUUAUGAAAUAAAUCCAGUGAAAUCUUUACAUGCUCGGUCUUCAUUCAUUAAUUUAUUUUUAGAUUUAAAGUUUAACGGUCGCGAGAAAUUUGAACAGAACUUUUGGCACACAAAAUAAAAUGUUCUCUCUGGGGCCGUUCACUUAUGACGUACAGGGAGGGGGGGGGGGGUCAGCAAGAAAAGAACAAUAGAAAUUCCUGGA